GGUUAUUAGAGACAUUUCAAAAUGGCGGCCAGUUCACAACAGCAGCAGCAGCAGCAGUUAGACACUAGGGCUGAGCUUGCUGAGCUUUUAAAGAGGAAGAGUGAGCUCUCAGAGAGUCUGGCUAAUCUAGAGAGACAGAUAUACGCCUUUGAGGGAAGCUAUCUCGAAGACACACUCGCCUAUGGUAAUGUCAUCAAAGGUUGGGAUGGAUACCAGAACCAGCUAAGAGCUCAACAAACUAAAACCGAGAGAAAGAGAAAAAAGUUCUCGGACUCUGAUAGACUUUUUUCUCGAUCGUCGGUCACCUCGCAGGCCAACGCAACCAAUCAUCGUCGAUUUGACGGAGAGACAUUUCAUGAAGACAUCUCUUUGCAGGAUUCCAUUGAAGAUAUGAGUGACACUCAUUCGCAGUGUUCUACGCUAAGUCAAGAGCAGUCUCAGAGGGGGCUCAAGGACUCCAGGAUAUCAUCACAGAACAAGAGAAGAAAAAUAAAACACAAAUAAAACUUUUUAUAUAGCUCAUUAUUAUUCAUAGAGUAAUAAAAUUAA